CAUCUGAUCCGUGUUCAGCUUCUGACUUGUAUAUUAUGGUGACAUUUAACACAUGGAAUGAGGAAAGUUGGUCUUGGAUCAGACCUUCAGAAACGUUUCUCCUUCAAAACAACAACAGGAAGUGCCUUUGUGUAGAAAGAUUCCCAACCAAUAAUAAAUCUGGAACCCGCCUCUGAAAGCCUUAUGACAAGCGCGUAAACCUAUGAACUAGCGCCAGUGGCUGUUAUUGGCAGAUGCACGGCUAAUGAGAUGUCGACAAUUCCACUUCCGUGAGUUUGACGUCAACGACGUUCUCCGUCCACUGUGCGCAAACACCAGUGCAGGCAGUGGGAGAAGUUGGCUGGCGGUGGUGAAGAUGGCGGAUGGAGACAGCGGGAGUGAGCGCGGUGGCGGAGGCAGCAGUGGCGGCGGUGGUGGCGGCGGCGGAGGAGGAGGAGGCGGCGGUUUCUCGCAGUUCCAGCGAGAACAAGAGACGCAGGAAUUGGCGUCAAAGCGCCUCGACAUCCAGAACAAACGUUUCUACCUGGACGUCAAGCAAAACUCCAAGGGCCGCUUCAUCAAGAUUGCCGAGGUCGGCGCCGGUGGCUCGAAAAGUCGCUUGACCCUCUCCAUGUCCGUGGCGGCGGAGUUCCGCGAUUACCUCGGUGAUUUCAUCGAGCAUUACGCACAGCUUGGGCCCAGUAGCCCCGAGCAGAUCGCGCAGUCCUCAGGGGGAGGCCCAGGAGACGACGGCGGCCCUCGGCGGGCUCUCAAAAGCGAGUUCUUGGUGCGUGAGAACCGUAAAUACUACCUGGAUCUGAAGGAGAAUCAGCGCGGCAGGUUCCUGCGCAUCCGACAAACCGUGAAUCGGGGGCCGGGCUUUGGUCUCGGAGGCCCAGGCGGCGGCGGAGCGCAAGCGGGCCAAACCAUCGCUCUGCCCGCACAAGGCUUAAUCGAGUUCCGCGACGCGCUCGCAAAACUCAUCGACGAUUACGGAGGAGACGACGAGGAGCUGAGCGGCGGUGCCGGGGCUGGUGCGGCCUCCGGCGGUUAUAGCGAGUUGCCUGAAGGCACCUCCAUCAUGGUGGACUCCAAGCGCUUCUUUUUCGACGUCGGUUCUAACAAGUACGGCGUGUUUCUUCGCGUCAGCGAGGUGAAGCCCAGCUACCGGAACUCCAUCACGAUUCCGUUUAAAGCCUGGAGUAAGUUCGGCGGUGCCUUCUGCCGCUACGCCGAGGAGAUGAAGGAGAUCCAGGAGAGACAACGCGAUAAAAUGUACGAGCGGAGAGACGAGUCCGAGGGGGAGGACGUGGAUGACGACUGAUACUACACAAAAUUAAAUAAUAAUAAUAAUCAUAAUAAUAAUAAUAAUAAAGAUCUGGAUGUAGUGCUCAUAUGAUGAGAUCCGGUAUAAAAAAAAAAGAAGAAAGUGCAUGAAGAAUCAGACUUUAAAAUAGCCUCCUCAAAUAUUCGUGGCGUGAUAUUCAUUUGACAGAAAAGAAAAAAAUUAUAUAUAUAUAUAUAGCUCUGUGAAGUUUGUGUGAUGAGGAUAAACCGUCUAGAGCCAUUGGGCGAGUUCUGUUUUAUUCGGGGAAAGUUGUGAUUUAUUCUAGUCCUAAACCAGCAAGUUUUAAUUGUCUAAGGUGACAGUUACUCUUUUAUAACACUAAUGCUGCUGAAAAAAAAAAUAGGUCGGAGAGAAAAAGAAAGCAUAUUGGUGUGUGUGUGUGUAUAUAUAUGUAUGUAUGUAUACGCACACACACUGUCCAAUAUGCUAUAUAUAAUAUGGGGGGAAAAAAAGGUUUUGACAUUUUCGUUAUAACGUUGAUGGUUAUCAUCAUUAAUUGCCCAUGUGGACCAGAAGAAUAACACUGCUGUCACCUGCUAAUGAUAGGCUGUUAUUUAAAUAUACGGGCAAGCCAUAGGAAGCGUCACAGAAUAAAUAAACUAAAGGCAGGUUAUAACCUAAGACUAUAUAAUAUGAAAAGGAAGUAAUUAGGUGGUGUGUAUGACUUAAAGGCCCAUGUGGAGGUGUAGCACCUUCAGCCGGGAGAGGACGAGUAAUUAUAGGCUUAAUACAUUUUUAAGAGAAUCUAAAAUGCAUCAGAUAAUUAAAGAAAUGUUCAUUCAGGGUGGAUUGGAUGAGCAAAAGAUGCUAUGUAAAAUCAGCUGAUUUGAGCACGGUCUUUUCCAACUCUGGUCCAAGUUUGAAUGUCUAUAUUGGAGUUAAAGUUAUAUGUAACUUCUCAGUAGAUAUAAGGACCAGUUACGGCAAUGAAACCACACUCCUUUUUUUUUUUUUAUUUAAAGGACAAAAAAAGCUGAUUCUUUUUGGUUGGUUCCUGUAUUUUUUUUGUUGUUUGUUUAGAAUAAUAUAAAGGCAGAAUAUACUUUGAUGGAAUUAACUGAACAAACCAGCAUAUUUUUAAUACCUUAAGUAGAAAAUAUAUUAAAGCCUCCAAGGCAAAUUUUCUAAGAUUAAAAUUAAUAUGGAAUUUGAAAUUAAAUAUCUUUCUUUUGCAAAUGUUUGGAAUAUAUAUAUAUGUGUAUGUAUGUGUGUGUGUAUAUAUAUAUAUAUAUAUAUAUAUAUAUAUAUAUAUAUAUAUAUAUAUAUAUAUGUGUGUAUAUAUAUAUCACUAAAGAAUGUUAAUGUUAAAGAACAUCUUGUUUCAGAUUACACAAAUCUCAACCUUUUUCUCCAGCACACUAUCAGAUUUUAUAUUGUAUUUGCCAUUUUUUGCUUAAUUUGCCUGUCUAAUUUACUUCAUUAAAGGGACAGUUCAACCAGACAAUGCUAACAGCAGAAUAAAUACAAAAAUUCUGUCAGAAAUUAGCAUUGUUGGAUUGAAUUUGCUCUUUAAGUAAACCCAGUGAUAGCACUCAAGCUUUUCAAGCUGUCCCGUAUUAACUGUAGUGUCGUGCAUGCUUUCCCCACAUAGUUAUUUAAUUUAUGAAGUUCUUCAAACAUGGUGUAUUGAGCUGUGUUGAUGCUACAAAAUUUUAUUGUUUUUUUUUUGUUUCCUCUUCUCCAACGUAUGCAUUUAGAUUUCAAUCAAACGAAACCGUCAAUUUCUUUCUUUGGGUAUCAUCUAGGCCAGAUACACGUUUUGUUUUACUUCCAAGGAAUAUGUGAAUUACCCAGAGGUAAUGACCAGAGCUAGUAAAAGUGUUGGGUUGAUUUGUUUGCCACAUUUCAUUGUUGCACCUUUAAAAGGAUCAACAGUAUCCCAGCGAUUAUGGUGCAGUUUACUGAGAGUGAUAUAGGUCAUGAUGAGGAUAUUUUUUUUGUUUGUUUUUGUUUGUGUUCCUUUUUUUUUUUUUUUGGCCAUCUACCUACAGUAUAGUAGUAAAAUUUUGGGAGACAUCAUAUGUUCUGUAUUCAUAUAUAAAACCAUCUUUUGUUAUCCCUACUGACUUGUACUGUUUCAUGUUAAAUGGCAGCUGUGUCCGUAACUGUGUCCCUACUGUAAACGCUCAAGAUCCAAUUAAUAAAAGAAACUUUUUAUGCAGAAAAUCCCAUGUAGGAAUUAGAGCACAGUUUUUAGCACAGAAUAUGUCUGGAGCAGAAUGACUUCAUUAUUUCUGGUAUUUUAUUUAUUUUAUUAUUAUUAUUAUUAUUAUUAUUAUUAUUAUUUUCUUCCCAUUAAGUUGUCUCUCACUGGCACAUUUACGUUCAUGUUCUCCUUCAACCUGCAAUCGCAGCAGCUGUUGUCCAGCAGCAGGGAGCUGACUUAGCAGACUGCCUAUUUUAACAUGAGUGGCGUGGAGAGGCUAGCAUUCCUGACCACGAUUCAGCUGUGCCGUUAGCACUGAAGUGCUGAAAGACACAAGGGCUCGAUUGUUGAACCCACUGUGCACAGACACCCUCCGGAAAACGCAGUUACAUCAACGAGACUGCAGUAAACACCCUUUUAUUACUGUUCAGACCGUAUCAUCCUUAGCAAGGGAAAUAGGGUGACCCUGUCAACCUUGUCUAAAGUUGUUGUUGCUGACGUAAGAUUAAAGAUUUUUCAGAUGGUAUUUCUUAUUCAAUGAAAAGCCAGUCAGAUGUUAAUGCACUCCAGUACAAUUGGCUAGAAGUGAAAUAUUUGGAUAAAAGCACUGGGCUGAGCAGAAGCAAGCCAAAUGAAAGCGUGACAGAGCACCAGCAGCUGUUGGCAAGAAACCCUCCCCAUUCAGCUGUGCUGACUACAUUUACUCCUUUUUUUUUUGGCCCCCAUCCCACACUUCCAGUUCAUUUAAGAAAAAAGGGAUAUAAUUCUGAUUAUUAUUAUCAUUCUGUGGACCUGUGACUUUUCUGUGCUCGUCGUAAUGUAUGUAAACUUGAACUAAUGAUAGUUUUCUUGGUCUAUGUGAAAUGUACUCUAUGUGGCUGGAAUUCUCUGACUAAUCAGUACACUUGAGAGAGGAGUCUUACUGUGGGUAUAAACAGGCAUUCCACUAAUUACACUUGUAUGCACUACAUCAUAUUUCAAAAGCUCUGGAAUAGUUAGAAUACUCUGCAAAAGCAUCUAGAUUUUUUUCUUGUUUGUCCCAAAGAAAGUCAUGCCAGGAAGCAAUAUACAUGCAGAGAGAUGGGUUUAUGGCUAUAUAACCUGAUAUGCUGUAGUGGGUUGAUUUGUCUUCCUGAGUUUCAAAGUUGGAGAAUGUGCAAGUUCCAUACAUUUCAUAGAUUCUUUCAUUUUUCUUUUUCUCUCUCUUUUUUUAAAUUAUAAUUUUUAAUUAGAAACACACCAGUGUCAUAGGUUAGAUUUUGUUAACCACGUUGCUGUUCCAGGUAAUUCUCCAGAGCUCAGCGAUUACUUGAUGGACUUUUUUUUGGACAUGCAAGUGUGAACCCUGCUUUUAAUGGAACGUUCCUUCACAAAUCUAAGGAAUAGUUGUUGGUUGUUGUUUUUUUUUCAUUUAAUGUUUUCUGGCAGAUCAACAGGUCAACACCAAGCCCAUAUAUGGUUUCUACUCAGGUUUAAGUAUCCUCAAUUUAUCUUUGUGUGCCCAUUACGUACAUACCUCCCGCUAAGAUUUAUGCUGAAGUGGUAAGGAGGCAGACUAGAUCAUUUUUCCUAGAACUCGAAUGAGGCGAACACUCCAGUCCUGCUGGUGCUUGACUAUCUUUUAACCUCAGACUGCCUCCAGUAGACCACAGACUGGGUGGCCAUCCAUUUCUCUGUGGGUGCUCACUUUUUCAAGUGGAGAUUUACAAGUCUAUAUUUAGAAAAUGCUAUGUAUGUUUGUACCAGAAUAAAGAAACUUAUAAUUGAUGGUAAACGA